UGUCCUCGAGAUGCCAGAUUCCGUCGGGAAGGAUCCGACGCGGGUGGCGAAUGUAGCGCCAUCUUUUUCGCAAAGGUGACCAUUCUGUAUAUUUGAAGUGAGUCCAUUAGUAGAGUGGCUUUCAAAGCAACUUUCUAGAACGGGUGUUCGCUUAAUGUCAGCACAAUGGAGAAUGGUACUCCUGCGCAUGGAGAUCUAGGGAGCAAUGCGCAGGUGCAGUCACGCCCAGUUUGCAAGAGUGUAGUGGUAGAGGAGGAGCUGCCAGAAAACGGGAGCUCUGGUAACGUGGCUCGCGUGGGCACCGCGACGGUUUUAUUCUCGACCGAGCGAAGCGGAGUGGGAGUUGCAGGUUCGUCGGUUUCGAGCCAGGGGAGUGACACUCUUGAGCCGCGGUUCCGAGGUUCGACAUCUGAAACCCGGGAGUUUUCAGGUGAGAUCCAGCUGACCCAACCAGCGAGGAACCAUCACCACGUUAGCGUAGAUAUCUGUGAACCUGCGGAGGCGGGUGGAGAUCCUGACGAUGACCCUCAAAUUGCACUCAAAAUUGCAAACAACUUAGCAGAGUUGAAUAGUGGAAGGCAUCCUAAGUUGAAGUUGGCGUUCGACGACUGGGAGGAGUCAUUCGGUUUGCACCAGAAGCGUCGCGAGUACAAAGAGUCGCGAAGAGAUGCGGUUCGGAACGAGAUUUACCAAGUUAUUGGAUUCUAUGUAGUCUUUCAGGGCGUAAUUUUCACGGCUGUGGCACAGGCGUCUAUGCUGAGGUGCCAGAAUUGGUGGACUUCAUUCCUGUUGUCCUUGUUGACGUCGCUCGUGACCGCAGCAGUUGUUAUUCAGAAGGUGACGGAUUUCUGGGCGCUGGAGAAAACAAUUGCAGAUGAAAAGAACGCCAUCAAGAUUUACAAAGAAAGGAUCAACAAAGUGAAAUUGUGGAUUGGGCCCAGUAAAUUCAAUUUCUCAUCACACGCCAGAGACGGAACUCCCAGGACUAUUCAAAAAUUGGAACUCUCUGUUCGGAUAUAUGGAAUUACCGCCUUCGGUGUGUUGGCUGUUUUCUCCGCACUUUUCCUAAUUUCCAGCUGGAGGAUUCUCUGCAUACCAGGGCCUCAAGCAUAACCAGGUUAACUCGGAGAUAGGCCAGCUAUGGAGACUAUCCUCCAACGGCUCUAAGUAAGCUUCUUCUCAAUUCACAGUUGUGCAAUAGUUCCAGAUAUGUAGAAGUGAGUUUGUAAGAACAUAAGUUAGGUUUAGGUCUUGCCUGAAGAACACAUCAGUACCUGUUGCGAUCUUCUAAGGGGUUAAUCCUACCCAGUAAGUUGUGACCAUGAGCUCCACCGAAAUUAGCAGUAGGACCUCCGAGACACUGAAGCUCAAGGUUGCCACCAUCUCGUGCUCACGGAUUUGACCGUGUUGGAGCCGGGCGUGUCAUACAAAGUUCACGUUGAUCCAAAUACCACAUACCAAGAUUAUUAUACGGGCAAGGACUGCAACGGGGGGCUUCUAAUGAUAAGCUCCGAUGACUGUGUUGACAACAAGUAUGUCACAAUCAUCGAGGAUGCGGGCAGCAGCUACACUCCUCCGAAGCGCCCCAGGAGAGCGCAUACUAAUCCACUGGGUGUAACAGCGGUAGCAGAUGUUUCCUCCAGUGACAGUGGGCCAGUCAGCAAGAGUCUGUUGAAGAUGAUCAUUAUCCGGCAGUAACUAGGAAGUGUGGCAACGGGUUAUUGAAUGGGACGCCAUAGUUUGGAAGUACAAGUGUCAGUUAGUAUAGUUUGUUCCGACAUUUAGACCCCGAGUUCCUAGAACCGAAGCCGGACAUGAUAGCUUCUCUGGAGUCGAGUAAUCACAGCGGAUUAUGUUUCUUCAGCAUUCGUUUGUAGACACAGACGACUGUGAGUCAAGCGAAGGGCGCAUGCGCUCUCAGUUGAGUCUGAAGUUGUGCGUCCAGGUCUAAACGAAUAUGAACUUGUAUUCACUGUGAAUAGUGGUGAACGAAAUACAUGAUAACAGUUUUGGUGUGCA